AGGUAUCGAUAUUUAGAAAGAACUAUCUGAUGUAUUAUUUAUUGUAUACCAAAAAUAUGCUAAAACAUUUCGAAAAUGUGUAGGAAUAUAAAAUUUAUUUUAUUGUUGUUUAGUGGGCUCCUUUUGUUUGUGUUUGUGGUAUCAUCAUCCGACAAUGCUGAUCCAUACGAAAUACUUGGAAUAGUAAAUCGUGCCACUGCUCAAGACAUUAGAAGAGCGUAUAAGCAUUUGGUUAGAAUUUGGUAUGGUAGCACUUUUUUAUUCGUUAGCGGACAAACAUUUUUAUAUUGUUGUUGGUCCAGAAAGGGUGUCGCACAUUUACUGCCAUUCUGCAGGCAUCCAGAUAAAAAUGAACAUCCAGAUGCUAAUAAGAUUUUCGUUAAAAUAAAGCAAGCAUAUGAGUUGCUAAGUGACCCUGAUCGACGCCGCAUGUACGAUCAGCAUGGAAUACGAAAUGAAGAUUCGCAUUAUUUUUCAACUAAGAGUGAUUUAUACCGCAAAACUUCGGCGGAACAAUUUGAGAAUUUUUUUGGGAAACAAUUUAAUAUGGACAACGAUAUCAGCUUCUACCACAGAAUCUCCAUCAAUAAUAAGAAUUAUGAGAGAAAAAUUGUUCCAAACAGCAAAACCACAGUGUAUAUGGUUAUGUUUUAUAACGACUGGUGUUUUCGUUGCACUCGACUCAUUAGUGCAUUUAAAAAGAUUAUCGAUGCCCUGGAACCACUAGGUAUUCAUUUUGCUGCAGUUAAUGCUGCAUAUGAACCGGUUUUAGUUAAGAAAUCGGGUGUGAGCUCUAUACCAAGCUUGGUUAUGAUUCUGGAUGGACACUGCUAUAUAUAUCGCGAAAAUGUGUAUACAUUGGCUAAAAUUAAGGAGUUUAUAAGAAAAAAGAUGCCAUAUUCUAUUACACAGAGAGUAUUUGACCAAAAUGUGGAUGAUUUUUUGGGAGGUUGGAUAGAUAAUAGAGUGAGAGCUCUAAUCUUCGAACCACGAAAUAAAACGAGACUUCGAUAUUUAAUAAAUGCAUACGCGUUCCAGUAUAGAGUUGCGUUUGGAAUCGUUGAUUCGAAUGAUAGCAGAACUGAACAAACUCAAAAACGGUACAAUGUUGUUCCAAAUCUCGACACGCUUCUUAUGUUUAAUGAAGAUUCCCGUAGUCCACGUGCAAAGAUUUCCAUGCCUGAGAUUCCGGUGCAAACAUUAAAUGACAUUAUUUCUACAAAUCAAUAUCUUUUAUUACCUAGACUCUCAUCACAACAAGUUUUGGAAGGAGUAUGUCCAGCUGAAUGGAGCCAACCUCGAAAACGUUUAUGUGUUAUUCUUAUUACAGAAAACAACGAUUCUCAUAAUUUUGCCCGCAUUGUAUUUCGAAAUAUUGCUCUUCAGGCUGAAUACAGUAUAGAAAGAGUACGAUUUACGUAUAUGUUCAAGGAACGACAAAAAGACUUUAUUAACGCAAUUUCUAAGGGAGCCGAAGCAGAUCCGUUGUGUCCUAUAGUAAUUAUUUGGCGGUAUGAUCAAACUCAUAUAAAAUAUGAGUGGAUUAAAGGAGCGCCUCUUAACAUGGAUUCCAACCAAUAUGAUUCAAAUGAGCAAGUUAUCAAUUUAACGAGACGUUAUAUCGACAACACCAUCCAAAGACUAUUGAGAACAAGUGAGACACUCAGCUACGAAACUUUUGUGAAAAAUCUCUUUGACGAACAUGCACAAAGCUUAAUCAACAGAUGGUUAUCCAAGUUGGAGUACACGUGUGAAUAUGUGAUUGACAACUUGGAGAAGGAACAUAUAUUAGCGUUGUUAUCUCUUCUGGGAACAAUUGUAUUUAUGUUUGCCGUGGGCUAUGUUAUGGUUUAUUUUGUUCGUGUCGAAGAAGAAAGUUUAAAACAAAAGGGUUAUUUGAAUGAAAACAACAAUUCUUCUCUGAAACUAAACCGGACUGCUCCGGAGUUGAAAUUACAUGAACUUAGAGCUGAAAAAUAUAAUGGCAUGGUUCGGUUGUUAAAACCGGGAUGUAGAACUAUAAUUUUGGUUACCGAUUUAAAAACACGACCUAAACUAAUUCCCUCAUUUCAUAAAGCUGUUUGGCCAUACCGAAAAUCCAAGACACUAUUAUUUGGUCAUAUGCUUAUAGAAAAAGGACUGCUGUGGUACUCUGAACUGCUAAGAUUGUCUUUAUGCGAAUCGAAGUCUUUUAAAAUUAAUCCCCGAAACUGUGUUGGUACAGUAAUUGCUUUAAAUGGUCACCGAAAAUAUUUUUGCAUGUACCACGCUAAACACCCAGAGACAAGCGGUGAUGGAAAGAGAUUGAUAAAAAUGAAGAAACAUCUUGAGCGAGAUACUACCGAUCCCGAAAUAGGAGCAUUUGUUGAGGUUAAUUCAGAUGAAUCAGAUUGUGAGCAAAAAAUCUUAUUGGAAGAAAAUCUUUUGGAUGGAUUAAGUAAUUGGUUGGACAGGUUAUUCGAAGGAUCUACUCAUAGGUACAAUAUCAAUUACUGGCCGGAUUUUCCAACUAAAUAACUAACUAAUCUUUUUUGAACUUAUGAACGCAUACGUGUUUAUGCCAGAAAAUUAAAUAAAUUGUACAAUUUGCAUAAGUAUUUGAGUGAAUACCACAAUCUUUUCACGAUAUUGAGAUGAUUGUGUAUACAAUUUAAGUUUCAUCGUGUUUGCUGCUGAUUUAUGGAUACAUAAGGCACACGUAUCUAAAAUUAAAUUAUUAUUAUUUAGCUAAUUAUUUAAUAUAUAUACUUUAGAAAAAACACUGAAAAGUUAUUAUGCCGUUUAUUUAGAGACGCUGUAAAAAAACUCAACUAAUAUACUUAGUAUAUCUUGCCCUAAACUCUGUUACAAAGGUUACAAUGCAUACAGUGAGAAUAAAUUGGAAGAAAAAUG